AUGAAAUUAAAUUUAUUAGAAAAAAAAAAAAAAAAAAAAGUAAAAGGAUUAAAUGAAAUAAAAGGAACAGAAACAGAAACCAUAGAAAACGAAAAAAUAAAUGUUUCAAACCAAAAUAAUAAAAAUGAAAUACUUACAAGAUUCUUAUCUCCAAAAAAUCCAAGAGCUUUUAAAAACUUGAUUGAGUUUUCGUUUUCUAAUGAAGAGUUUAUACCAGUUGAUCACAUCGAUCACACCGUUUUUCAUUUAGAUUUGAAAUCAUGUUUAGUACUCAAAGAUAGCAACGAAGGAAAAAGACAGAUAGACCUAAUAAAAAAAAAAAUUGAAAAAGCAAAUUCCUUUAUAACUUUAAAAGACAAUGAUCACAUAUAUUAUAAACCUAAAAAUUGUUUUGAUUACAAUGAUAGGCAUGUCCAAACAAUACCAAUAUCAUUUAAAGAUGAAUCUACUAAGACAGAACCACAAGAAAUAAAUGAAAUAUGUGAUACUGUUUGUCAAUCCAUAAUAUAUGAUGCGUACUUACUUGAAUUUCAAAAGAUGUCAAAUGAGGAUGAUAAAAAUGAAAAAGAAAAAUAUAAUAAUAAUAAAAAAGAUAAUGAUGAAAAAAAUAAGAAACAUAGUUCAGAUUUUGAAUCUAGUAGCUAUUCAGAUGAUAAUAAAAUUGCUACAGUUUUAUUUUCUUCUGUUCCCUCUAGUGAUAAACAUUCAGAUAUAAUAAGUGAUGAAGAUGAUUAUAAUCAUAAAAUAAAUACUGAUGAAGAAGAUGAAGAUGAAUAUGAAUAUAAAGACAAUGAAGAAGAUGAAGAAGAAAAAGACAAAGAAGAAAAUAACAAUAGAAAAGAAAAAAAAGAAGAAAAUAAUGAUAGGGGGGAAGUAAAAGAAGAAAUAAAAGAAAAAGAACAAGAAAAAGAGUCAAUAAAAGAAAAAGGUGGAAGUUAUUUUUUUGAAAAAAAAAAGAAAAAGAAAAAAAAAGAAUCGUAUAGUGGGAAACACGAAUUAUAUUUUAUAAAUUACAAAGAUAUAAAAGAAGAAAAGCAUAAACAACUAAAUUUUAUUUAUCAGGAUAAUAAAAUAAAAAAAAGUGACACUAAAAUUAUAUGUAAAAAAAACUUUUUAAAAACAUUAAAAUUAAUGGAUAGAAUAUAUAAUAAAAAUAACGAAGAAGAAAUAUAUUUGUCUUAUAAAAAUAAAAAUAAUAAAAAUAUCUUAACAAAAUUAUGGGUAUUUUCUUUAAAUGCUUAUCAAUUAGUUGUUACUGAUAUUAAGUUUCAUCCUUUUUAUGAAGAUCUAUUUGCAAUUUCUUUUAAAAACAAUGAUUCAAAAAUAAACAUGGGAAUAUUAUGUUGUUUUACUUUUAAAAAUACUAAAAGUCCUGAACAUUUUUUGAAAACAAAUUUCCAUAUUCAUUCAAUUGAAUGGUCAUCAGUUAAUUAUUCAAUAAUAAUUAUUGGUUUAUCUAAUGGUAACAUAUGUAUUUAUGAUUUAAAAAAAAAAAAAAAAGACAGAUUAAUUUUUGAAAGUAAUUUAAGAGAAUUAUAUAACAGAGACAUUAUUUCAAAAAUUAUAUUUCAUCAAAAUACCAAAACAUUUUACUCCGUUUCUUAUGAUGGUAAUAUUUUCCAAUGGAAAUAUAAUAAUAAAUUUACGGUAGGAGAAAAACUAUUAACAUUAGAAAAAGAAAUGGAUGAUUCAAAUGGGUGCUUAAAUAUUAUGCAUACUCAAUCUAUAACAUGUAUUGACUUUAAUCCUUUUCAAAUGAACUUAUUUUUGAUUGGAACAAAUAAAGGAAAAAUAUAUUUAUAUUCUAGUACAUAUUCUGAUCAUUACUUAAAUUCUUAUAAUGAACAUAGUAUGUCUAUUAAUUCUAUUUCUUACAACAAGUUUAAAAAAAAUAUUUUUAUUUCAUCAUCAUAUGAUUGGACAAUAAGAAUAUGGGAUCAAAAUAGAAAAAAAUCAUUAAUAAUUUUUGAUAUUAAAGAGUGUGUAUAUGAUGUUAGUUGGUCGCCUUUCUUAUCUACUUGUUUUUUUGUUAUUAGUGCAAAUAAUUGUGGAAAAAUUCAUAUUUAUGAUUUAAGUAUUGACAUAAAUAAUGCAAUAACUACUGAAAUUAUUACAAAAAAAAAGAAAUUAAGAAAAUUAUGUGCUAACAAAUUUAAUGAAGUUGUACUUAUAGGAGAAGAAAAUGGUUAUAUAUAUUCAUAUAAAAUAUCUUAUAGCUUUAAUCAAACAUAUAUGGAUUAUUUAAAAGGAAAGGUUGAUAAUACUUUUCAAGUACAAAUAAUGGAUUCAUUUUUAAGUAAAGUUAUAUAA